AUGCCCUGCGAAGCUCGACUUGCAACUCUCGACCCGCUCAUCGCAGAGAGGGUUCCACCUCACUGUGCGGCGUUGUUCGAGGCCAAGCAGGCAAAAGGCCUAACUUUUGAGGCUAUCGCCAAGCAUCUUGGGCGCAGCGAAGUAGCAUGCGCCGCACUGUUCUAUGCUCAAACUACUGCUACGGACGAGGACAUCAAGAAGCUCUCCCAGCUCCUCGACCUACCACUGCCAAUGCUAACCAGGGCUAUGGCCGUAUUCCCUAACCGUGGUCACUCAGGCCCUAUGCCUCCUGUUGAGCCGCUUAUCUACCGCCUAUACGAGGUUGUCCAGAACUACGGCUAUGCAUACAAGGCUAUCCUUAAUGAGAAAUUCGGCGACGGUAUUAUGAGCGCUAUUCGCUUUGGCACCAAGGUCGAGAAAGAUAUUGACGAGGAGGGUAACCCCUGGGUUGUAAUUACGAUGCGAGGAAAAUGGCUCCCUUCCAACCGAUUCUAG